AUGGCAAUCCAAAGACAACAUCCAAAGGUCCCAAGUGUCAUUUUUUGUGCCAUCGAGCCUUCGGACAAUACCGCAUCCAUCGACGACUCCUUUCGAUCACAGGAUGUUCCACCAACGGUUCCAAGACGCAAGCAAUCCAUUGGAGAUGCCCCACCACCAACCAUGCCCCAAAGACGACGCGAUUCUGCACCAGCUCUUCCACAAAGAAAGCAGUUCCAAGAAGAAAGCUCUACAUUGUCAGGGUAUAUUCAUCCAAAUGGCCAAACUGCAAAGCUUGCUCUCAGCAUGUUCAAUAAAAUCAGCACCGCUGGAUCGCAAAAACAAGGAGGAGGUUACAGAAGAACAACGACAAUGGCCCGAUCGCAACAAUGGCGAUCCAAUAGCCAUCGUGCUAUGCUGCAGAGAAUAUGA